AUGCGGACAUGCAUUGAUUACCACCGGCUAAAUAAAGUCACCAUCAAGAAUAAGAAUCCAUUGUUUCGCAUUGAUGAUUUGAUUGAUCAGCUUCAGGGUGCUAGAGUAUUCUCGAAGAUCUACUUAAGAUUUGGGUAUCAUCAGGUGAGGAUUCGUGCUUCGGAUAUUCCAAAUAGGGUUGUUCAAAAUCGAACUGUAACCAUUAACCGAACUGAACUGAUGCCUUAUUGGCUUAUUGGGAUGUACACUAUGCAUUGUGACACUUUACGUGUUGGAUUGGGUUGUGUAUUGAUGCAAGAGGUGCGAGUUAUUGCAUGUGCUUCACGUCAGUUGAAGCCCCAUGAGAAGAAUUACCAUGUGCAUGAUUGGAGUUGGCAAUACAGGUGGCUUGAGUUACUGAAGGACUAUGAUAUUACCAUCCUUUACCAUUCGGGCAACGCGAAUGUGGUCACAGAUACCCUAAGCAGAAAGGCAGAGAAUAUGGGUUGUUUGGCGUUCAUUUUAGUAGAGGAGAGGCCAUUGGCUUUAGACAUUCAGUACUUAGCUAACCGACUUGUGAGGUGGGAUAUUUCAGAGCCCAGUUGA